AGACUACGUUCGUGCGUGGCUCCGGAAGACGUGGCGGCGUAGCAGACCGCUAUCGCCAUCGUCGCUGCCGCUAUUGUAGCAUCAGUUUUCCCAAACAGCAGCGGAUUUUGAGUCUCAUUUGGGCGUUUUUGGAGAUCCCUACAGCUUUUGCCAAAAUGAUUUCACUCACGGAUUCACAAAGUAAGAGCUGAAAAAUAAACACUUCGCCGUUUUAUGUGUUUGUAACGAGUCGAUAACCCGCUUUAGCUGAAUGUAUCAGGUUAGCAGCUCCAAUGUGAUUGGCUGAGAGUUUGAUGACAUCACUCGGCGUUUUAAAAAGGAGAAACAACUCAGUCAUUUUCGUCUAAAGACUUCCACUUUUUGUUUUGCUUUAUUUUUUAUAGUUUCUGUUGAUAAUAAUGUUGAAACACAUUGAUAACAAAUCACCAAUAUCAGUUUGUGUUUUCAUAAGCAGUUGUAUUUUUUUUGUCAACUGAAAAACAGAAGUAGAGUAUGUUUAGCUGUGAAAAAACAUUCAUCAUAUUAUAUCUUCAUCUUUCUCUUACAUUAUUAUAUACUGGUAUUUGUCUGGAUCUGCUGUUCCUGUUUUUAUUUUCCUGUCUAACAUGUUUUCUUGAACCCUGCAGAGAUUGGGAUGGGACUCACUGGUUUCGGUGUGUUUUUCCUUUUCUUUGGGAUGGUGCUGUUUUUUGAUAAAGCUCUCCUCGCCAUUGGAAAUGUGAGUAAAAUCACUCCGACCACAUUUUGUGACAGAGGAAUAGCUCCCUCAUACGUAUUGGUUUUCCCUGCAGAUUCUCUUUGUGUCAGGUCUGUCCUUCGUCAUCGGCCUGGAGCGAACCUUCAGGUUCUUCUUUCAGAGACACAAAUUUAAAGCCACCGGCUUCUUUCUGGGAGGGGUUUUUGUGGUUCUAAUCGGGUGGCCGAUUAUUGGAGUUGUUCUGGAGGUCUAUGGUUUCUUCCUCUUAUUCAGGUCAGUGAAUAUUGACAAAAUAAAUAAAAACCUCUCUUCUAAACUGUUCAUCUGUAUAAAUGUGACUGAUUUGCUCUCUCUCUGUUUUAUUUAACAGGGGGUUCUUCCCAGUGGCAGUGGGCUUUAUCAGAAGGGUUCCUGUGCUGGGGUGGUUACUCAGCCUACCUGGCAUCAGUACAGUAAGUUUACCAGGACAGUCAAUUGAUUACUGAUCCAAAAGGACACAAAUUUGAUUAAUUUUCCCUGAGUGCACUGUGGUAUUAAAAGCUGCAAAGAAAAGAGAACCCAGCCUGUAUUAAACACUCAAUCUUGAAAACCAUAGAGGUUACAAAAUACAUAAAAAGUCAGGAUAAACAGAAUUUAAAUAUUCAUUUAAAUGUCCUCAAUUGUUUUUUUUAAUGUAUUAGUAUUUUAUGAACUGUUACUGCAAAUGAAGUAUAAAACAACAAGAAAAUCCAUGCUGUUUACCAUCACCACUAGACUUUAUUCUUGCACUUCCAUUUAUAUGACAUUUGUAUUUUCCUCAGCAGUCAUUUCCCACGUCUCAGUUGUCAGUUAUAAAAACAUUGAUAUUUAAACAAUAUAUGAGUAAAACAAAGAAAAUUACAUAUUAACAGCUAUAUCACGCCACUUACCUUGAUUCAACAAACUCCAACUUAAUCACCAAUGUGUCAGUGUCAAUAAUUCCUUUCUUUACUUUGCUGUCAGAAAACCCAUUCAUUUCUGCAUCAUUUUUGGCACAUUUACAUGUCUUUCUGCCUUCAGUGCACUAAUACUGAAGAAAGCUUAGGUUGGAGUUCAUUUAGCAGGUAUCUCCUGAGGCUAAUAAGCAAACAGUUGACAAGUAGCUCAAACAACCAAACUUCAGAAUAAACCGAGCUAUUCCCUGGAGCCAGGGGAAAGUUGCACAAGCUCUAAUAACGGUAAACAGAAAAACUAAAAAGUGUUAAAGAUUCUCAAGCACGGCUCUACCAUGAUGACAGUAUAUAAACUAUCUUUCAGCAGAUCUAACAGUCCAUUUGAAACAAACAAAAAAAAUCGGUUGAAAGCUCACAAGAUUGCUAGCAGUUGGGAUUAUUUUGUCAGCCUGAAUACACACUGAUAGGAGGACUGUUACUGAAAUGUGAGAGCUGACAGUCCUUCUGUUGAGUCACUUUAAAACAGUGCCUCAGUUGUUCUGAACUCAUGUGGGUUCCUCACUCAGAGUCCGCUUUCUGUGUCAGACCUUUUGUGAGUUUAUGAAGAUCCUCAGUGUCCAGGAUCAGCUCUCAGAGGAUUAUGCCCCCAAGGAGGAGCUCUUUAAAAUGAUGUGCACUGUGCUGUGGUUCAUUCAUACAAAAAACACUUUGCAUCUUUAACCGCUGAUAUCAUCUGUGAUUUAAUGUUCUCUCUAUCAUAUCAUGUGCAUCACAAACUCUGCUCAGUUACUCUUCUAUGACGUUAUAAAUGAACAUUUUGAACCAUGAAUGAAAUAAAUCAACCCUCAGCUUACAGUUGGGACACACACAGCCCUAAAUGUCUUAUUACCCAAAAAGAAAGAUUGCACCCCAAACAAAUAGUUUAUAUUUUUUGCGAUAUAGGGUGUGCCCCCUACUGGCUAUUAGAAAGAAUGCAGGUUUAAUAAGUUUGUACAUUGAUUUUACAGUGAAGCCCAAGAACUUGAUUUAAUUAAACAGUCUAUUUAGCUUACUUGGUGUCAAACAUAGAGUCACAACACAUUUUUAUAAGACAUCUUUUCAACUUUGUAUUUUGUUAUGUGUUUGACUGACAGACCUGUGGCAAAAACCAAAAUUAUACCACAUGAAUUUAAACAUUUUCAUUCAUUUCUCUUGAACUAAUCCUGGAUCUAUCUCUGUGUUCUUUUAGCUGGCGGAUAAAAUUGGUGAGAGCAACACGAUGGUAUAACACCAUGCUGUUUACUCAAAGGAGGAGAGUUUCAGUAUUUAUCCCAGUUACCAACAUGGACUGUAUAUUUUGUUCAUGACCACUCCAGAGCUGUGAAUCCAAGCUUUUUUUUUUUCUGCAUAUCUGUUGACAUCUGACUGACAUUAUGAUGUUUGUAAACAAGAGAUUUUUUAAAUUUUAUUUUAUUGUAAGAACUGGAAGCAGGACUCCCAUUUUGUAUCAUUCCAGUCUGAUAUUUAUGGAGAGAAAACUCUGGACCACUGGUUAGACUCUACAAAGAGUGAAGAGCUCCUCACAGCAGCCACUCCUCUAGACCAUGUGCCUGAACAUACACCGACAUCCUUGAUGAAGUGUUACUGAAAUUUUGUAAAUAAAGAAUAAACGAUGUUGAGGUAAAUGUUUCCUUGAUAGAAGAAAAACAACUGUUGUGAGAAAAAAAAAGUUUAAAAUACUCAUUAUUGACAUGUUUUGCUGUAACUUUUCUAUGUGCAUACUUGCAAUAAAGUGUGUCUUUUUGUAAAA